ACACUAUUCUGUAUUAGCUCAGCUCACGACCUAAGUGACGUAGAGAGAGUAUUCUACGUCACUGAAAGGGAAGCAACGCAACCCAUCUUCAGAAGCGCCAAGCAAGCAUGUGUGGUCCACCACUAUGAUGUCCUCUAAUAUACUGUUGCUAAGGAAAUGGAUGAAAUGAAUGGCUUCCCUAAGGCUGAAAUCCUCCUCGCCCCCUCCUCACCCCGUGUUUUUGUGUGUUUACAGAAAUCACUGCGAACAACCUGACGCGUCAAAAAGGAGCUCUGCACCAGCCGAGUCCAUUGGAGCCGGCACUGAGGAACUGAGUCGUCGGCUGCUGCCAGCUCUAGCACCAGAAUCCUCUACAGCCGUCUGGGGUGAGGAGCCGAGGUGCCUGGCUGGGGCUGGGUGGAUGGUAACUGGAGGAGUAGGGGGCCACGGCAGAAGGAGGAGAAUGGCAUCCACAGGCAUGCAGAUCUUUGCCUUCGUCCUGGCGCUGCUGGGCAUCAUGGGGGCCAUGAUGGCUACGCUGCUGCCCAAUUGGAAGGUGAGCGCCGAUGUAGGCUCCAACAUCAUCACGGCCAUCUCCCAGAUGCAGGGGCUGUGGAUGGACUGCACCUGGUACAGCACCGGCAUGUUCAGCUGCACCUUGAAGUACUCGGUGCUGUCGCUGCCCGCCUACCUGCAGACUGCCCGCACCACCAUGGUGCUGUCCUGUGUGAUGGCUGCCAUGGGCCUGUGCCUGGCAUCCCUGGGGCUCAAAUGUACUCGCUGGGGGGGCGGCCGGCGCGCCAAGAGGCACGCGGCCAUCGCCAGCGGGGGCUGCUUCAUCGCCGCCGGCUUCCUGUGCCUGGUGCCUGCUUCCUGGUUCACCAAAGAGGUCAUCACUAACUUCCUGGACCGCAGCGUGCACGAGAGCAAUAAGUUUGAGCCCGGGGGCGCCGUGUACGUGGCCUUCCUGUCGGCAGGCUUCCUCUUUGUGGGGGGGUCCAUCUUCUGCGUGUCGUGCUCGGGGAAGAGGCCCGGCCACCAGGACAUGAUCUUGCUGCCGCCCCCUGAUAAACUCUUACUGCAGCAGCAACAGCACCUCCUACAGCAACAGCAGCAGGACCAGCUCCAGCACCAGUACUGCUCCCUCUCCCCACUAGACAAUAAAACAGGCUACAGUCUGCAGGACUAUGUGUAGGCUAAAGCAACACUGCACGCCAUGCGCUACUGUUAAGGCAGUUUGGGAAAACCGCUGCGUCUUACAUGUAGUUCACCAACCAACCAAGCUCUUAAAGAGGAGGAGAUGAGAGAGGAGGGGGAAGGACUUUGAGGGUGGGUUUUUUCUCUCCC